UCCUCAUUUCCCUCCCCCCUCCUAAGAGCAACAAAACUUCUCCAGCCAGGAUUGGGCGCUAAGAUGGCGAAAGCCUACGAUCAUCUCUUCAAACUGCUGCUGAUCGGGGAUAGUGGGGUGGGAAAGACCUGUCUGAUCAUCCGCUUUGCCGAUGACAACUUCAACAGCACCUACAUCUCCACCAUCGGUAUCGAUUUUAAAAUCAAAACUGUGGACGUUGGUGGAAAGAAAAUCAAGUUGCAGGUCUGGGAUACAGCGGGUCAGGAAAGAUUUAAAACCAUCACAACCGCCUACUACAGAGGGGCAAUGGGGAUCAUACUGGUCUAUGACAUCACCGAUGAGAAAUCUUUUGAGAAUAUACAGAAUUGGAUGAAGAGCAUUAAAGAGAACGCCUCAGCGACGGUGGAGCGGAUGUUACUGGGAAACAAGUGUGACAUGGAAAACAAGAGGAAGGUGCCCAAGGACAAAGCAGAAAAGUUGGCAAAGGAUCAUGGGAUCCGAUUCUUUGAAACGAGCGCCAAGUCUAGUCUGAACGUGGAAGAGGCUUUUCGAGCACUCGCCCAUGACAUAUUAAUAAAGACGAGCAAGAAAUCAGGCUUUGGGUCCCCCGGCUACAAGACCCCCCUGGAAAGCCCACAGAAGUCAAGCUCCAAGUGUUCUUUAGUUUAAGACUCAGAACGUGAUGCACACAACAGAGAGCCAGGUAACCCUCCUCAACGAAGACCCAUUGUGUGGAUAACUUAUUGAAAUCAACUACUGGACCUGUCUGGGGACGCAGCGGUCAGUCAUCGUAGCUUCAUACCUGGUGUAGCUUCACUACAGCCCCCCUCCCCUCCCCCCCGUCCCCUUCUUCCCUGGACAGGAGCGGAAGACACUAAACCACGUUCCUCUUUGUGACUGAAACUUCCUCCCACAGCAGGUCAAAUCCGGGACUUAUUUAAGCUUUGCUUCUUUGUACGACAUAUGGGGCUUGAAGGCGGGUUGGGGUGGGAGGGGGUGAGAGGGUGAUGUAUUGAAUCUCAAUGGGUCUGUAGCAAUGGCGGGUUGAUGGAGGGGAGGAAAAGAGGGAAUGGUGGCAAACAUUUUGUCAAGCAGUCGAAGACCUCAAGUCUUUUUUCACCAGAUCCAUUGGUAUUAUUCAUUUUUUUUUGUUCUUUAUUUUUAUUUGCUUGUUCUUCAAGAUUCCUGCCCUUUUGGUUUUAAGGGGGCUUAACAGGACAGAAUUCCCCAGUGCCAGGAUGAAGAUGGAGGUCAAAGGUCAGGCAUUGGGGGCGGAUGUUGGCCUACAGGAAUUGAGGCCAGCGAGGGCGUUUCUGCUAAUGUAUAAUCUCCUCCUCCCCCCCUCAUCUCAUCUCGGUUCUAAAAUUCCAGGGGACAGCUGGUCAGGAAGUCAACAGUAAAACGUGGAGAAAUCAGGACUUUAAAGGGAUGGUUUUCAUUUUGUCGUUGAACUCCUGUCAAAUGGUGCUGGGAUUUCUCAAAUUCCCACAGUCCCCAACACCUUUUGGUUCUAACAAUGUGAAGAUUCAGGAUGGGGCUAAUCCCAGGGAUGGGUCAAGGAUUUUGAGCUAGUUGGGGAGGCACUCGAAGUUGGAAUUUCUGAACACCAGCCACCAUUAUUCCACUCGAUAAUGGCGCGAGACUGGCUGAGAUGGAGCAAAGGGGGCAGAAAAAAAAAUAAAAGGCCAGAUCCCCUCCCUAGGUUGACUGAUCCCGAAGGAGGGAUACUGGAGAUGGUUGGCUGAGGGGACACAGCCAUUGGGGGAGUCUUGAUCCCAGGUGAGGACGAAUGGGGCGGGGUUGCUCCUGGUGGUUGAACAGCUCGCUGAUGCACCCUGCAUGCAAAAUCAAAGCACUGGGGGGGGCCAACGUUUGGGAGGAAGCAAGUCGGGGGACAAUGCCAGUGACUUGCCUCUCCUGUACUGUCCUUGGGUCACACCAGUGCAACUUGAAAAGGGGGCAGGGAAGAGACAGGAAUUGCUCAGGCCUCCACCUUUACCACCUGCAGGUCAGUUCUGAGAGGGGGAUGGAUGGGGUCCAUCAAGAAACUGCCUCCCGCCACCCCCACCUCCCCUCCCUUACCCAAACUCCUGUCUCCAGGCUCUUUGGUAAUCAGGGAUGCCGUUUGCCUGCGAGCACCUCUUUGUGCGGCAGUCGAUUGAUUCCUUGCACUGCAACGACCCAAGCCUCCCCGUGUUCACUUGAGAAGGAAAGCUGGGAGGACAGGGUGGUUUGCGUUUGGUGAGCCGAGAGACUGAGAAUAGGUGCAGGUUGGAGGCCACAGGGCUGUCUGGUCGUCGUCGGACAAACAGGAGAAGCCUUCCACCGCGAUUCAGGAGCAUCAGUGACGUGCGAAUGGCCUCACUCCAAUUCAUCCCAUUCGACCUACUGCAGAGGCCAGUGACACCUCUGGUCAAUUUAUCUGGGCUCUGUUGGCAAGGCUGGAUUGAUUGCCCAUGCCUAGAUUCUUUGGCUGGGCCCGUCCAGGGAUUUGAUCCGACCUCAAAGAGCGUGGGAUGAUUUUAAGCUCCUCCAGGCUAGGGUGUGGGUGGAAUGGGGGUCGGGAAAAUGAUGCUAUUCUUGGUAGCAGCACGUCGAAACUAAAUUUAUUGCAACAAACAAUCCUGAGAUACCCGGAGAUCCCUAGAAAGAGCUCGUGGGGCAUGAGUGAGGGAAGUGAAGGUGCUGCGUGUAUGGGUCUUUGCAGCAUUCUUUUCUAGUGGCUGAGAAGAGGUAGCUACACUGUCCAACAUGGUAGCCAGUCAUGUAGGUAGGGAGCUGCUAGGAGACCUGGGGAGGGAGUGUGGUGGUAACAGAGGUGUUCGACUCGACUCAGUUCCCCUUGGGGACAGGGAAGUGGAAGAUCAGCUGUUGCGGAACCGCCAUUGCUGGGCCUCUGCGGCCACCCGUAGUCGGUCAGAUACCCUGCCGGUACGUGGUGCGGGCCACUUGAGAGGCAAGGUCAGGAAGUAAGUUGAGUGGCCGGGUUGAAGUGGGAGGGAAUUCCAGUCAUGGGCGUCGGGCCUGUAUCCUAUCACCUCCGUGACACUGUGUGCUUUAUUAUCACACUGCACACCACUGUGCUAUCCACCUGGUAUUUACCUAUGUCUGUUGCCAACCGUUGCUCAAGCUAAAAUUUAGGCGAGAAAGAAAAUGAAACUCAACCUGCCUGGACCAAGCGCCACUCAACCGUUGGGAUUAACCUCUGUUUAAGUCAGUAUUUUUGAGCAAAGCACAUUCUGUUUCCUAUGUUGUGCCCAACCCACUGUCCCCUUCCCCACAUUUAGAAAGAAUGAAGCCUCUAGAAAGUGAAUCUUGGCCAGUUUUUGCCAGGAUGGUGUCGUAGCUGCAUUUAGCACCACUUGUACAAUGCUGAUGUAAUAAAGAUUUGCGGUUGCUGUAGACUUUGAUACAGGA